AAAUGUCCCCCUUCCAGCCGACGAGGAGCACCAGCGAAAUGUGGCAACCGCAGUGGCGCGGCCUCGGCCUCACGUCGAAGAGCGGGGAGAGGGGAUGCCCAGACGCCGACGGAACAUGGGCAGCAGGAUGCUCGCCCAGAGGAGAGCGCAGCAGGCAGAAGAGGGGAUGGAAGAAGAAGAGGAUGGAGAUGAAGCUGCAGAAUUUCAGUUGUCUGGGAAAAUUGGAGCAAAGAAACAGAGGAAGCUAGAAGAGAAACAAGCCAGAAAAGCCCAGCGAGAGGCUGAAGAAGCAGAGCGUGAGGAACGGAAAAAACUCGAGUCAAAGAGAGAAGAGGAAAGGCAGAAAGAAGAGGAGAGAAUACGCCUUGAAGAAGAAAGACAGGAAGAGGAAGAAAAGAAAGCAAAAGAAGAAAAGGAGCAGAGGGAGCACGAAGAAUACCUGAAGCUGAAGGAGAGUUUUGUAGUUGAAGAGGAGGGUGUUGAAGAAGCAAUGACUGAGGAAGAGUCCCAUAGCUUUCUAACGGAAUUUCUCAGCUACAUUAAGAACACAAAGGUGGUUCUGCUGGAAGACCUGGCUUCCCAUUUGGGACUAAGAACCCAGGAUGCCAUUAAUAGGGUACAAGACCUGAUGGCGGACGGCACUCUAACAGGCGUGAUCGAUGACCGAGGAAAGUUCAUCUAUAUCACUCCAGAGGAGAUGGCUGCUGUGGCUCAGUUUAUCAAACAGCGAGGACGAGUCUCCAUUGCAGAUUUGGCCCAAGCAAGCAAUUCCCUCAUCAACCUCCAGCCGGAAAGCAGAGCUGUCAGUCAGAGUGUGGCGUGAUAAUGCAUUUCACGGUGCGGACCGAUGCUGCAGUAAAUAAAUAACACACGCGUUGUUACAACAAAACCUCCGUGUCCAUAACCAUGAAA